AUGAAAGACACAUAUUCGAAAAUUCUGAUCACUGAUUUGACCGCGUAUCAAGGUCAAAUUGGUAGUGAACACUAUUUUAGUAGUCAAUUUCACCCUGAAAAUAAUAUUUGGCUCCCUACCGGUGCAGAUUUGAGUAAUAAUCAAGAGGAACAUAUCAUGGAGAGUUCAGAUUGUCACGAACAGUCUCUUAAGGAAACUCAGACCCGAAUUGAGAAUAACAUUGAAACGUUGGAUUAUCUUCGUGGAAUUAGUUGUCUCGAAAGGGAUUUUGUAUUCUAUUUGGAAAUUGAAAAUAUUGAACGCAAGUUGGAUGAAAUUGAUUCUCAUCUGGACGGUUUGGUAACAGUGCAAACUCCCAGCGAACAAAAUGUUAACGCUCUUACUUCAGAUAUUCAUCAAAUUUUGGAAUCUCUUGUGCAGGCGUUUUCUUCGUGGCAAAAGUUGAGUCAAAGGGUUCAAUUAGUGAGUCCACUUCACCGUCGAAUGCCACUUUCUCGAGGUCUUCAUUCUGGCGUUCUUCUGACCUCAAUAACUCUGCCUCUCUCGAGCGGGAAGCCCGGAAAGCUUUUACACUCUGGAACUCGUAUUCAAGUACGAGCUAACCCUCCGGCAGAUCUCCUUCAUCGCGAAUGGUUUUUGGUAGAUCGUGAUGGUCUAGUAGUGGCUUCCAUCCCAGCCGCCUUUGUGUGGCUGGAAUCACCAGAACACUCUCCUGAACGACCUCUAAAUACUGAUUACACUCUGAAAUCAGAGAGAAGUCUUAGAAGAAGCCGUUCAGUGCCAACGAACGUCAAUAACUUGGAAAUAAUUGAAGAUUUGCGAAAACAGAUUUUCAGAAUGUGGCAGAAAGCCUGCUCAAAAUAUGACCAAAUUUUAAGAGAAAUGAGCAUUUCUUUCCUUAAGGAUUCUGAAGAAGAUUCAAAGGAAUCUUUGAACGCGGAGGAAAUCGCUCGGGUUGAUAAGGCUCUUCAAAAGAUUUCGGAACUAGUUGGUAUUGUGGAAUAUAAGGAUGAAGAUGGAACGGAGAAGUUAAUUGAACUACUUGAUGAGGCUAAAGCUAAACGAUUCGAUCAAGGCGAAAAAUCCAAAUGCCUCAAUGUGGAUGUCAAAUCGGCCGAUGCUUUGGUCGGAGCCAUUGAUGUCUUUGAGGAAAUGGUCGGUUGCUAUCAACGAAAUGCUACAAUCAAAACACCUGACGUUGUAAUUUCAAAAGAUGAAAUCGAGAAAGACUUGUUAGAUAUAACUGAAAGAGUGUAUGUCUCUCCCAAGAUAUCUCUCGAGUCCAUUCGCCUACAGUCUUCACAACCGACCAUCUACGCGGAACCAGAGAAUGUGGUUGUCUCAAAGAAAAAAUUCUCCAAAACGCCAGAUUUCCCAAAGUCACCUAAAAUGUCACGCCACAAACUGCGCCACAGAUCUCUUACCCUCGAAACAAAGGACGAUAACUUGAGUUGUCCUCAUUCACCAACUUCAUCUUUUGAGAAUCUACAUCAUAGCGUCUCAUUAGUUUCACGGCACUCAAAGGAGGAGGAGGCGGUGGAAAAACCCACUCCGGAAGGACGUUCUUUAUCAAGAGGCCGUAAAAGAGAUCGCUUUUACAACAUACUUCCAUUCUUACUGCGACGACACCCUCAUAGUAAGAAAAAGAAGUCUUCGAAGUUUUCGGAUGACGGUGAGUCUGGUUUCUCGGACAAUGACACUAGUCACACUUAUUCCCGAGGUUCCCAAAAAAUUACCCAAUUGCCGGUUGAAAGCCUAUCUCUUGGUCGUGUCAGCUAUAUAAAGAACUCGGACGUGAUCAAACCAAAGAGAACUCCACUGUCCUAUUCGACAUUUGCUAUGGGGGACUCAACAGAUGGAAAUACAACUCCAUUCGAGGAUUCAACCCUUAAACGAGACCACAGCAAGAAGGUGCGCACUGUUUUAUACUCCACAGCCUGUCAGAAUGGCGUUUGUGGAAAAUCGGAAAUUACUGAGAUACAGUCACCCAUUUAUGAAGAGCAGAUUGUUCCGAAAGUUGGAAAGAAAAUGCAGGUUGGAAGAUCAUACACUGCAGAGCAGCCUCCAGAAACUGCGGAAAUUGAAGCAAGAGAAGAUGAAAUAACACGAAUAGAGUCAAACCAUGUUUACGCAAACAUCGAUACAGGCAGAAUCUAUCCCAUUAGGCAAUCAACUCCAGAAAAUCCAGUUUAUGACAUUGGAGUUCAAGCUGACCUUCCCAAUCGAUUGAGGGGACUAAGAUGUCGCCUUGAAUUCGAGAGACCGGGGGUUGAGCUAGGCGACAAGGAUCAAGUUUCAUGCGAGGCUUUUAAAGGAGCAUUUGACAACUUGAAUAUCGAAAACGUGGAAACCGAACAAGACUUUAAAACAUUGAGUUUUAGGGUGGCUUUCAAUAACCGAUCUUCACGUUCCUCCACGCUCUAA